CGUUGUCUUUUAAGCAGGGCAGAGACACCACUACUCUCGCAAGUCAGAGUUUCAGACACAGAAAAAAGCAAACCAAAAAAAAAAAGAAAAAGGAGAGAGAAUUCAGCUACUGAAAAAGGAAAGCCAGAAAAGCAGGCAUUCUCAUACAGUUAUACUUCUCUCAAACUCUCACAAAGAAUCAUCCUACUUUUUAUUUUUUAUUUUUUUAAAACUCUCUCGCCCAUACUAUUACUGAGAAACGAAACGAGACGAGACGAGUAAGAGUCUCGGAAUCCCCACUUCCAUUUUCGGGUCAUCGGGCUCCGGAUCUGCCACCCAUUUCCCCAACACCUUUCUCUUCUCGUACUCCGAGAACUUCCCGAAGCAAAAAGGAAAAAGAAAAAAAAAAGAAAAGAACCCAUUUCUCAAACAUAUAUAGAAACAAUUGACACUGCUCUUAACUGCGUGUAAGUGAAACUUGGUGAAUUUUCGGAUCGAGAAAGCAUGGCGGGAAAUCCGCCGGAGAGCAGUCUAGGCGACGAUUUCUUCGAGCAGAUCCUGGCGGUGCCGCAGUCCUACAACGGCGGCGGCGGCGGUUCAGGCGAGGUAGGGUCCAUGCCGAUGGUCCCACAGCUGGGCUCCGGUGGGUCCACCUCCGUCGUGUGCUGCGGCGGCGGCGGAGGAGGGUACAGAGGGGUGGGAAUGGGGAUGGGUAUGCCUCUGGGGCUGAAUUUGGAGCAGCAAGGGUUUAUCAGGCAUGACAGGUUCAGAGAUGACCUUGAACCACCACCGGACAAUAAUAACACCACCAACACUAAUGUUGAGAGAGAUUCGUUGCAGAUGGGAAAUUUGUUCCCUGCGUUUGGACAUUUGCAAAACCAGUCACUCCGGCUACCGCCUCCGCAACUUCAUCAGCAGCCGUUUCAUGUUCAACCCCCAGCUGCACCGGUUGCUGCUUUACCUCAACCACAAGCUAUUCGCCCGAGGGUGCGAGCAAGACGAGGGCAGGCAACGGACCCCCACAGUAUUGCUGAGCGGUUACGUCGGGAAAGAAUCGCAGAAAGAAUGAAGGCUUUGCAGGAACUGGUUCCCAGCUGUAACAAGACAGAUAGGGCUGCUAUGCUUGAUGAAAUUGUAGAUUAUGUGAAGUUUCUAAGGCUACAAGUAAAGGUUUUAAGCAUGAGCAGACUGGGUGGAGCUGGGGCAGUAGCUCAGCUUGUGGCUGAUGUACCUCUAUCAUCGGUUGAGGGAGAGGGAAUUGAAGGAGGAAACAGUCAAGCUGCUUGGGAGAAGUGGUCAACCGACGGCACAGAGCAACAAGUAGCCAAGCUGAUGGAAGAAGACAUCGGAGCUGCCAUGCAGUUCCUUCAGUCCAAGGCACUAUGCAUCAUGCCCAUAUCACUUGCCACGGCUAUUUUUAGGACGCACCAACCAGACGCACCGAAUCUUGUGAAGCCCGAAUCAAACAGCUCCUCGUAGGGUCCCAGCAGAAAGAUGAAGUUGCACAUGCCCCAGUUCCCACGAGUGACUUCCACACUCCUGGGGUCCAUGAAUCCUGUGAUUCGUCCAUUUUCACUGAUGACAUUGGGCAUUUGGUCCUCUAGUUUCUAACUCAUACCAAUGAGAGACAAUCAAGUCAAUGAAGCUGUUCAUUGUUUUGUCAGUUUUGUCAAAACAGGGGGACUUUUUUUUCAUGACUAGGAAGAAAAAAUAACCAAAGGGCAUGUGAUAUUUUUUUUACCUUGGUCAAGCAUGUGGGAAGGUUUUGCUUGCUUUUGUCAAAAGGCCAUUUGAUUGUCUUCUUCUAGUAUGAGUGGUGGGGUUUAGUGGUGGAUGACCAAAAUAUUGGUGGUGGGAGCUCUUUUGUUUUUUUUUUCCUUCUUUUUGUUUUUUGUUUUUCCCUUAACUUGGAUAAUGGGGUACCGGGGCAAUUAAAAAGGGCUAGAUGGGUAUGUGUAACGUAUUAUGUAUUUGGAGAAAAACUUUUAGUGCGAGUUGAAAAUAGAUAAUGCGUCGGUUGUCUCAUAAAGCUAUUUUGGAAGCUUCUGGUUUUCUUUAUUAUGUUUUGUAUUUGUACUAAUCUUAUUUGAAUUUGUUGUUUAUUGAAAAGUGAACUAGGCCUUUCGUUUCAAA